UUCAAUGAGUAUACUUCAGGGAAGUCCAACAAAGGGAGAAAGAGAGAGAGAGAGGUACUAAAUGGCUUCCAGAGCAAAGAGACAGAAUGGGGACCAGCGUACUCUCCCUGAGCUGAGAAUCAUCCUCCUGGGGAGGGAUUGGCUGGAGAAGAGUCAAACAGGAAACACUAUCCUGGACAGGAAGCUGUUUGACACCAGGAGGGACGUGGAGAUGUGUGUGAGGAGACAGAGUCUAGUGGAUGGCCGGCAGGUCACUGUGGUCAACACAUCAGACAGAUGUAUCCAGUACUCUGUGCAGGACCCUCUCCUUGUUCACCGUAACAUAGAAGACAGCAUAUCCAUGUGUCAACCAGGUCCCCAUGCCUUCCUCAUGGUCAUCCCUUUGAACUCACGCAAAGGCAGGGAAUGGACAGUAGAGGGCCCCCUCAAGCUUCUCAACCACAUACUCUGGAGACACAUGAUGGUAGUGUUUACCCAAUGUGAGAAACUCAGGGGAAUGUCACUAGAGGAACACAUAGUGAGACAUGGGUUUCUCCAGGAGAUGGUGGAGAAGUGUGGGCAUAGGUACCAUGCUUUAAACACUAGGGCCAACACAUGGGGCAAUGAUGUCACUCAGGUCCCAGAGCUGCUGAGGAAGAUAGAUGAAAUGGUGACAGGUGGUCCUGCUUAUGUUGUCAUGAAUGAGAGGUUUUCAAUGGCAAUUGAAGUUAAGAGGAUGGCAGAGGAGAAGAGGGCGAGUUUGAGACGGAUGAAGGUUCAGAGACAGAGGGAAACACUCAGAUCUCUGCUCAGGGGUAAGUCCCACCAACUAUCUGAAGCUGAACAGAGAAUCAUGAUAGUGGGACCUCGAUUGGUUGGGAAGAGCUCAUCUGGAAAUAGCAUCCUGGGUAAGAAAACCUUUGAGGCUGGACACACGACUUCACACAGUGUGAAAAGACAGGGUGACAUCACCGUAAGACAAGUCACAGUGGUGGACACACCCGGGUGGCAUGGGCGAUACUGCACUGAGGACACUCCUGAAGUAGUAAGAAUUGAGAUUACCCAAGGUGCAUCUCUUUGUGCUCCCGAGCCGCACGCUGUCCUCGUGGUCGUACGCUGUGACGAAACAUUCACAGGGACAGACAGGUCAAGAGCAGAAGAAAAACUAAAUCUGAUUGGUCGGUCAGUCUGGAGUCAAGCUAUAGUGUUGUUCACCUGGGGAGACAAGCUUGGCGACACAGCCAUCGAACUUCACAUCGAGAGAUGGCCUGCCCUUCAGUGGCUUGUCGAUAAAUGUAGCAACAGGUACCAUGUCUUUGAUAACACAAGCCCGGCUGGAGGCCCUCAGGUCACAGAACUUCUGGAGAAAAUUGAGGAGACAGUGAUGGGAAACGAUGGUGAACACUGGCUCAAAAUGUACUGGGAGCUCAGGGAGAGCAAAAAGAAGUUGACAAAAAGCUCUGAGGAGAUUGGGGGAAGACUAGAGGAGGAAGAGAGGGAGAAUGACAAGCUUAAAAGGAUGAUUGAAGAGGAAGAGAGGAAAGUAGAGGAAAUAGAUAAGCGAUAUGAGGAGAAAGAUGGAAUGUUGAAAGAGAUGGAGCAGAGAAACACAAUGAGAGAAAAGGAGAUAGAAGACAGACAUUUGGAGUACGAAAGAGAGAAGGAAUCCCUCAAACAAAUGUGUGUGGAGAAAGACAGAGCAUUGGAUCAGAUGGAGAGGAAGCAUGAAAGAGAAAGUAAAGAACUGAGAGACAAGAUAGAAAACCUGGAAAAGAGAAAGUCUGAAAGAGAAGAGGAGUUGAAUGCCAUGAUUGUUGAGAUACAGAAGGAGUUACAAGAGAAUAAACAAAGGUAUGAAAUGAAAGAGGUGGAAAUAUCAAUGCUAGAGAGAGAUGUAGCGGAGCUUAAGCAGCAGAAUAAAGUGAGAGAAGACAUGAUCAACCACGUGAAGAUUAAGGAGGAUCGAAUACAACUGCACAGAGUGGAAUCUACAGCACCCGCGGACAUGGUGGACAACUCUUGUCUAAAGACUCAACAUAGACAUUUGAGAAAGACACAGAUGUUGUCACGGAAGGAUGGUAAGAGGCAGAGGGACACAGCAGGACGAGAGCAGAGAGUUGGAGAUGAACAGAGAGAAGCACCAUGGUUGAAGAUUGGGGCAGCAGUACUGGGGGCAGUGGUUGGGGCCAUGGCUGGCUCUGUGAGGGCACCACUAAGUGCAGCCACAGGGACUACUAUAGGGGCUGCAGCAGGGGUUCUGCUGGGGAGUUUACUGAUACAAGAGGAAGAGGCCAGAGAUAAGAAAGUGGUGUCUGAUUCCCCUGAAUGCCCCUAUUUAAUAAAAAAAUAAAAUCAGGAUUGGUGGGUCCCCAGCGGGACAUUUGAGCUAACGUAGGCUAAUGCAAUUAGCAUGAGGUUGUAAGUAACAAGAACAUUUCCCAGGACAUAGACAUAUCUGAUAUUGGCAAAAAGCUUAAAUUCUUGUUCAUCUAACUGCACUGUCCAAUAUACAGUAGCUAUUACAGUGAAAGAAUACCACACUAUUGUUUGAGGAGAGUGCACAGUUUUGAACAUGAAAAGUUAUUAAUAAGCAAAUAAGGCAUAUCUGAGCAGUCUUGAUACAACAUUUUGAACAGAAAUGCAAUGGUUCAUUGGAUCAGUCUAAAACUUUGCGCAUACACUGCUGCCAUCUAGUGGACAAAAUCUAAUUUGAACCUGGGCUGGAAUAAUACAUCAUGGCCUUUCUCUUGCAUUUCAAAGAUGAUGGUAAAAAAAAAAAUUAAACAGUUGGUUUCUUCUUUGUAUUGUCUUUUACCAGAUCUAAUGUGUUAUAUUCUCCUACAUCCCUUUAACAUUUCCACAAAUGUAAAAAUCCUACCUUUCAAAUUUUACCAAGAAUAUGCUUCAGGGCCUGAGCUACAGGCAGUUAGAUUUGUGUAUGUCAUUUUAGGCAAAAAUUGAACAAAAGGUGGUCGAUCCUUAAGUUAACCAUUGAAACAAGCAUUUCGCUACACUUGCAUUAACACCUGCUGACCAUGUGUAUGUGACCAGAUUUGAUUUGAACAGUUGACCCAGCACACUGUAGAAUCUGUUUGAGAAGCAGAAUUUAGUUCUGUAAAGAGUUUUAGGGAGACCGGUAAAAGGUAAAAGGAGCAACUAACGUCUUUGAAUGAGGUGAUAGUUUGCCCAAAUUACAUAUGGUUUCCUAAUUACCUUGCGUGACGGUCCAGAACUUUUCAUAGAACGUGGCGCUAAGGUUAUCUUUCAUCAAUUGCCCACGUUUUUUUUAAUGAUUUUGUUUACCUGAUUUGUCGUAUACUUUUAUGUCUUUUGUAUUUAUACUGCUGCAAUCAAAUUACUCUAUAUUGAGACAGUAAAGAAUUCCUGUAUCUGAACUUGGUAUCUGAGUAUUGUUCUCACAGAGGCUUCGGAUGCAUAGCAAUAUGUCUGUAUUGACCAUUAUAAUGUAUAAUCAUCUAUAGAGGAUUGUAAUGGAUGGGGUAGGAAUAAAGAUGAUCAUUUCAGUUUCAA